AUGAGGGAAGAUAAAUUGGAAAUUACAGGACCAGAUCUGCGGGGGCAGAGAGGGCACUUGCCCUGGGUGCUGCAGGAGGCACCAAAUUGGGUGUCCCGCUCAGCAGCAAAGAGACCAUCUCCAGUUCUUUCUACUUGCCCAGUGGUCUCCUGUCCAAAUGGCUGGGUUGGAUACCAAGAGAAAUGCUACUAUUUUGCAAAGGCUGAAGGAAGCUGGACGUCUAGCAAGAAGUACUGUUCUUCUCUCAAUGCUACUUUGGCUGUGGUUGAUUCCCAAGAAGAGAUGGACUUUAUGUUGCGUUACAAAGGUCCUGCUGACCACUGGAUUGGUCUCCAAAGAAAUGGAAGUCAGCCCUGGAAGUGGAUCAAUGGUACUAUUUUCAAUGAGUGGUUUGCUGUUCUUGGAGGAGGAAGCUGCGCGUAUAUGAACCAACAAGGUAUUGCCAGUUCCAGCUGCUUGAGAGAAGAACCGUGGAUCUGCAUUAAACCAGUUGAGAGGUGACCCAGGACUUUCUGUACAUCGCAUGAGCUUCUUAUCCCUAUGGAACAC